CAAGAUUCGAUUUCGAGGCGCGGCGAAAGAUGGCAUCAAUUCCUCGCGCCAAAGAUCGAGGCCGACCAAGACGCCAAGAGCAACUGCACCUCGCUGUCACUUGCCCCACCACGCCAUUAGCUCCAGCCUGUGUUAUCCUUUUCCGCUGCCUCGACUUCCGCUGCCGUCCAUUACUUCUUGGCUGACCUGAACUUGUCUCCAUUUAUUCAUUCAUUCAAUAGUCCUUCUCCGCCACUUCGAAAGAAUCGCCGUCUAAAAUCUACCGCCACUAUGCCUCGCUCUUCCCCGAGGCUAAAGUCGACUGGCCAGGACGACAAGCCCACGGUUGAGGUAUCUACGCCAGUGUUAAAAGACGAUAUUGAUGAUGAAGUGAAUACCACAAGAAAGACCGCUCCCAAAAAGAGAAAGACAGCAAAGACAAUCGACAGCGAAAGUGAAAUGAAUGACGAAGCAGUGGAGCGUCCCAAAAAGCAGACAAAAGCCACCAAACAGAAAGCGGCCAAGACGAAGAAGAAGACGGAAAACGACGACAAUGACGCCGAUGGGAAGGAAAAGGAAGUCCCCAAAAAGAAGAGCAAGAAAGCUCCCGUUCAGUGCAUCACGGAACGAGACGAAUUGCCCAAACUCUGGAGUGACGAAAAGGCCAAAGCCAAUGGCAGUUAUACGCUCAAAAUUGCCACCUGGAAUGUGGCGGGUCUUCGUGCCAUUCUCAAGAAGGAUCCCCAUGCGUUGGCUACUCUGGUGACCAACCACAACAUUGACAUUCUCUGCCUCCAAGAAACCAAACUCCAAGAAUCUCAUCUCGAUGAUCCAAAAUUGCAACUACGGGGACACUUGCUGGAAGAGCAGGGAUACGAUGCCUACUAUAGUUGUGCUACGGCCAAGAAAGGCUAUGCGGGAACUGCCGUCUUUGUCAAGCGACGAGGUGCUGCAGGCAAGAAAACAGCGGGCAAACAACAACAAAUGGAUAUUACCAGUUUCUUUGGCAAAAAGAAGAAGAAGAAGAAUGACUCCAAAGCGAAAGCUGCAGUAGCAGAAGAACUCCCCGUGGAUCCCAAACUCUUGGUUCCAGAACAAGUCACCUAUGGAUUGGGAGCCAAAAAGCACGAUGGCGAAGGCCGUGUCAUUGUCCUGGACUUUCCUGGAUUCACCAUGGCCAAUCUCUAUGUGCCAAAUUCGGGACAAAAGCUGGAGCGUUUGGAUUACCGCACGGAAGAAUGGGAUAAGGAUCUGUUGGCAUUUAUGCAAGCCAAGCAAAAGGAGCGUGGUGUCCCCGUCCUGUGGUUGGGUGAUCUCAAUGUGGCACACAAACACUACGAGGCAUACAACUUUGGGGCCAAGCAUUUGGACAAGCAGGCAGGAUUGACGGCGCAGGAACGAGCAUCCUUCCAAGCGCAACUGGAUGCCGGCUUUGUCGAUGCCUUUCGCCACUUUCACCCCAAUGCCAAAGGACACUAUACCUAUUGGAGUCAGCGGGCUGGUAACCGAGAACCCAACAAAGGGUUGCGCCUGGAUUACUUUGUCUGUGAUUCAAAGAUGUUGGAUGCAGACAACUCGAAGGUAGUGGCACGUGAUUCCUACAUGAUUCCAGAGCAAAUGGGAAGUGAUCAUGGGCCGGCUGUGUUGGAGUUGGAGAUCAAACCUUGAAUGAAUCUUCAACAACAAUCUUCCCAGUGAAAGUUCAGACGAGAGACCAUCAAGUUAUUGGGGAUGGCUGACAACGUAAGCUCACAAGCGAUGCAGUAGUUUUAGCUGCAAAGCAUUGGGGCAUUCUUUGGUUUGGUUCUACAUGUAUGUGGAGGGUCAAUUUGGAAGAGUAAAAUAGUGCAUGUAUUCGUUCGGUAACGAAACCCUGCCAUGGUCCCCUUCUUGACCAUAGACCCCCGU